AUCUUUGUAACCAUGUACUGAAAGGCUGAAAGCAUUACAAAACCACUUCACUUUGGUACAGGUGACAAAGUUAUUGGCACCUAGAGCACCUUGACAUGCACGGCAACUUACAAUAAGGAAAGAGAUUCGAAUGACAAUUAUGGCUAAGAAAAGCUACAAGCACUUGUUUUCUUUUUUCCCUUAUCUAUAUUUAUGUACUGCUCAUCGCAAGGUACAGUUCUGUAUGACACUCAAGUUUGAAACAUGGCCUUCUUUACACUUAAACUCUCCCUCUUUUUUCUUGUUCUUCCUGUUGUGCAGGGAAAAGCAUCUUGUGAUUAUGAUGCUACAGCUGAAAAAUAUCUCUUGGAGGACCUUAAUCUUUACAGGAUGUCACUAAAUCUCCCCAACUUUACUGAGAACAGAAAUGCAGCUUGCCUAGCUAAUAAUAUUGCAAGCCAAUUAAAGAACGAAACAUGUAAAAACGCCUUUCGCUACAGCUCUACUCUAGGCACUAAGCCUAAUGUCACCGAAUAUGACAAGCUCAUGGAUGGUUGUGACAUAAAAGAGAAUAACACAGUUCAAGGGGUCAUAUUGCCUGUCUGUGUGCCCAGAUUAGACCCAUUUUUGGUGCUUUCUAAUUAUACAACACCUCAAUAUGCAAAAUAUCUUAAGGAUUCAAACUACACAGGGACUGGGAUUGGCUCUGAGGAUAAUUGGAUGGUGGUUGUUUUGAGCACUAACACAUCAACCGGAAACUUUUCCGGUGCUGCUUCUUUGAUUGCAAAUGUCCGUAUGGGUAAAUCCUUGGUGGCUUUGUUCAUUGGAUUUCUUGUUGUUUCUGCAGUGAGCUGAAAUGCUCCAAGUGCUUGUCAUUUAUAUACAUAUUUUCCUUAUUUUUGUGUGUUUUUUGUGUAAAGUUGUGAACUUAAGUGAGAUUGUUUUUCUUGUUGUAACAUAUAUCAUGAUUGUAAUUGUGCAUAUUUCUUAUGACAAGUUCAUUCUUGCUGAAUAGGUAAGAUCUGAAUAGCAAA